AUGGCAGAUUUGGCAGAUUCGUGGGACGCUUUCAACCCACAGGAAUACUAUGCGGGCUUGAAAACAACUAGUGGCGAUUUUAAGGACAAGUUCCAAGAUAUUGAUGACCCCAUUCAAUUUGUCCGGUACAUGAAGCGGCUCGGGGAACCAGAUACGCGCAAUUUCGUUCUGGAUUUCGGCAAUGAAGAUGCCUUCUGUGCCACAAAUUUAACGACGAAUGAUUUUCAAUCUCUGUUGAGCAAACGACGAGCGAGAUGUUUCGGGACAAGGUGGAUCAAUAUAUGGUCACCCGAAGAGCAAAAAGACACAAUCAAAUUGAUCACAUCUCGCUAUGGAGUAUCAGAACGCCUCCAGGGUCUAAUGUGCACAGAACCUGUGACGCGAAAGCCCCAAAAGGCCCCGGAGGCCAAGAAGAGGCACUCACAGUCAAGUCAGAUAAACCCGGUUUUACGGGACGAGCUUGAGGAUCUCGAGAAUGCAACUGCCCUGAAGGAUCUUUCUGAGAAGACUGCUUCUACGCACGAUACUUCAUCUUCCAAACGCCUUACGUUCUCACAAGUGAUAGAUCAGAUCUGGCAUUUCUCCUCUGUGGACUACGGCCCCCGGUAUACAUGCCUCGGCUACAAUACCUUAUUCGUUGCGGAGGGCGUCAGCCCGGGAAUGAACGAGAACGGCAGGGACUUGCCAGAGGGAACUCGGAUAUGGACCUGGUUAAUUCUUUGCGAUGACGGAACAGUCAUUUCUAUGCAAGAAAACCCAUUUCCGAGACAGCACGAGUUACAAUCCGACCAGAAGAAGGUUGUCGAUGUGGUCCGCCGAAACAUACGUUUUAUCGUCUCCGGGGUAUCAAAACAGCAUGCGAACACAUCGGAAAGCGAGUCUUUGGUUACUGUCCGAGUCCGACAUUUCAAUGAUGACCCAGACCAAGCGAGCAUUCAGCCGGAAGAUGGGCCCAGCUUGAUCUUUUAUUAUAUUUUUGAUGAUUGGGUGUCGAGCUAUGGGUUGAUCGCAAAGCGACAGCAUCAAUAUGGCGUUUCUCUUGAAAGACUGCGAAGCAAUAUGCUUCACCGUCCGGACGUAGACCUCGUGGGUGAACUACACUCGCUUGGCCGACGAUUGGCUGUUCUCAAGCGUGUGUACCAGAGCUAUGAGUUGAUCAUGCGUCGAGUCCUGCAGCGGCAGCGAGGGCUCCGUGACGAGGCCCGCACAAACCCCAAGCCGCUGCUGUCUCAUAUGGGCACACUUAGUGAAACGGACUUUGAUCUGCGACAGGGGUCGCUGAGCAAUGGUCAAUUUGGCACUUCCGAUAAGACUGUGGGGGUGCUGCUGAGCUCGGCGGCAGUAGCGCGAUUUGAAAGAUUAGUGGAUCGGAUCAACUUAUACUGCCUGAGCGAGAUUGAAACCUGUCUUUCAGAGAAGGACUCUUUAACAUUCCUGAACUUCAACUUGAUUGCAUUGAAGGACUCGCAGGCCGUCGAGAAGUUAACAAGAAUCACUAUUUUGCUAGCAAAAGCAACCAUGCUAUUUCUGCCAGUCAGCUUGAUGACAGCCUACUUCUCGACAGAGCUUGUUGGGGUGAAAGGCGGAUAUACGAAGGCUGACUACUGGGUUUCCUUCGCAGUGAUCUUUGUCUUGACCAUCCUGCUUUUGAUUAUCUUUGGUUUUGCUAGCGAUACCGUGGAGGGUAAGACGAUCUAUCGCUCUUUGGCGAAGACGUUCUUGCAAAAUUCCCGCAAGAAGAUCACGGUGGAAGCGGGUCCAAGCGCGCGUUCGAAGAGCUUCGUCUCGGGGAGAUCCGCGUCUUCCUCUGAGGCUUUCCUCCGCUAG